AUGGCUAUGGUUACAAACAGCAAAAUCAGUUUCUUGAGCAAUCUCAAACCAUUUAAAAUUUCUUGGAAGAUUGAAGUUAAAGUUAUUCAGAAGUGGGCACAACCCUCAAACCGUUCUGAAGGAGACACAUUGGAGUUCAUACUCGAAGAUCAAAUGGGAACCAGCAUACAUUGUAUCUGUAAGAGUCUCUUCGUUGAUCGUGUUAAGGAUUUUCAUGUUGGUGAAUGGAGGGUCGUCGAGAAUUUCUCCCUGAUCCCGGCUAUGGGGUUAUACAAAAGAACCAGCCAUCCAUUCAAGAUUUCCAUCAUAGAUAGUACUAUCGUCACCGAGCCUUCUCCGACUACCUGCGAG